AUGGUAGGUGUGGAUAGUGAGGGGUCCCGCACGCCUGGAGCAGAGAGGGUCUGUGUCAAGAGCGGCGGGGGCUGCAGGAGGCGAGAGAGACGGGCACUACUCUCCCUCCCCACCAUGGCAGAGGUGGCGGCUGAGGUGGCCGAGGCGGCCGAGAUGCCAGCACAGAUGUCACCAGGGGCGAUGGAGACGUCAACACCGAUGUUAGGAGAGGUGACAGAGAUGUCAACAGAGGUGACCGAGAUGACACCUGGGGAGGCCCUCGCCUCCUCCCUUUUCUUCCAGCACCACCAGUUCAUGUGCUCUGAGUGCGGCAGCCUCUACAACACGCUGGAGGAAGUUCUCUCUCACCAGGAGCGGCAUGUGCCUGCUGUCACAGAGGAGGAGGCGCUGGUCACCCAGGAUGCUGGCCUGGAGCCAGAGCUCAUGGCGGGCACCGAGGAUGGGCCUUUCCAGUGUGGGGAGUGCAGCCAGCUCAUCCUGUCCCCUGGUGAGCUCCUGGCCCACCAGGACGCCCACCUCCGGGAGUCUGCGAGCCAGAUCCAGUACCAGUGUGGGGACUGCCAGGAGCUCUUCCCCUCUCCUGAGCUGUGGGUGGCUCAUCGCAAGGCCAGGCACCUUUCUGCUACAGCGGCCGAACCACCGGUGCUGCCCCCUCUGCCUCCCCCGGCACCGGCACCUCCCCUCCCUGCUCCACCCGAAGUGAAGAUGGAGCCCUACGAGUGUCCCGAGUGUUCCACUCUCUGUGCCACUCCCGAGGAGUUCUUGGAGCAUCAGGGCACCCACUUUGACUCCCUCGAGAAAGAAGAGCGCAAUGGGCUCGAGGAGGAGGAAGAAGAGGAGGAGGAGGAAGACGAUGAAGAGACGGAGGAGGAGGAGGAGGUGGUGGCAGAGGUUGGUGAUGACGCCAUGGGAGGUGACAGGGCCACAGCCGGCCGGGCCCGGGGCUGUGGGGACUGUCCCCCCCGCUGGACGUCAGCCGAGGCACGCCGGCGACACCGGCGGGCAUCCCGCGGCCCGGCAUCGACAGCCCACCCCUUCCACUGCGACCAGUGCCAGCGCAGCUUCAGCUCGGCGAACCGGCUGCUGGCUCAUGGGCGGGCGCACGUCGGCGGCACGCACGAGUGUACGACCUGCUCCAAGGUCUUCAAGAAAGCGGCGUCGCUUGAGCAGCACCUGCGGCUGCACCGCGGCGAAGCCCGCUACCUCUGUGUGGACUGUGGCCGCGGCUUUGGCACGGAGCUCACGUUGGUGGCUCACCGGCGGGCACACACCGCCAACCCCUUACAUCGCUGCCGCUGCGGCAAGACGUUCAGCAACAUGACCAAGUUUCUCUACCACCGGCGCACCCACGCGGGCAAGAGCGGGGCACCCCCCGCGCUGGCGGCCGCCUCCCCGGCUCCGGCCGAGCCCUCGCCGCCGCCCCCCAUCACCGGUCUGUACAACAAGAGCCCCUACUACUGCGGGACCUGCGGCCGCUGGUUCCACGCCCUGGCAGGCCUGCGACUCCACCAGCGUGUCCACGCCCGAGCCCGGACCCUGACCCUGCAGCCGCCCCGAUCGCCACCUCCUGCCCCGCCCCCGCCCCCUGAGCCUCAGCAGACUAUCAUGUGUACGGAGCUGGGGGAGACCAUUGCCAUCAUCGAGACGUCCCAGCCUCUGGCACUUGAGGACACGCUGCAGCUGUGCCAGGCCGCCCUGGGGGCCGGGGAGGCGAGCGGGCUGCUGCAGUUGGACGCGGCCUUCGUGUGA